GUGAUGCUUAUCAUUUGCCACACACUUGAUUUACCUGCUGCUGUGUUUAAACAGAGAGCAGCUAUGGAUCUAAGAGCAGCAACAAAUGGAGUGCUCAUCCUCCUCUUUGUGUCAGUGGUGGAAACCAGGAAUGACACGGUGCUGAAUUGCAUUUCUGCUCAGAUCUGUGCUGUGAAAGGAUCAACGGUGGACAUACGCUGUGUCUUUAAACAGCCACGCAAAAGGAAAAAAAGCCCAGUCACAGUUAAUGAUAUAUUUUGGUUCAGAGAAAUACAGAAUGAAGAACCUGAGGAUCUGAGAACAGAGUCGGAGUACUCAGGUCGUGUAAAGUAUUACUGUGAUAAGAAGAGUUGCACUGUGAGACUCACAGACCUGAGACACAGUGACUCAGCUAAGUACAAGCUCAAGUUCAGAAACAGACAAAGAGAAUCAACCGCAGUCACUUUGUCUGUCACAGAUCCAGAUCUUCAAAUUCAGGUCAGAAGAUCAUUUGUCCCUUGGGCAGAACUGUUUUGUCAUAGCAGUUGUCAUCUGCCUGAUCGUCUCUCCUACAUCUGGUACAAGAAUGGACAGGAAAUUCAAGACAGAACAUUUUCCUUUUAUUCAGACUACUUCAGUCCGGCAGACAGUUAUUCCUGUGCUGCUAAAGGAUACAAGGAUUUCCCUUCUCCUCCAGUGUGUGUCCAGAAUCAAACCUGUAACAGAGUGACUUACACCAGCAGAAGCAUCUGUGCACCCAGAGGCUCAUCAGUGGACAUGUCUUGCACAUACAGGAGUUAUGAGGAUCAUGUUGAGUCCAGUUUGUGGUUCAGUCUUGAUCACAGUUACCAGUGGGGGUCUGCCUCACAGCCCGAGGACCUCAGUGAAGACUCCCAGUGCGCCGGACGUGUUCAGAUCUUUGAAACACAGCGAGGACGGUCCACUCUGAGGAUCACUGACCUGAGAGAGAGCGAUUCAGCACAGUAUCAUUUCAAGUUCAAAACAUACAGCUUUGAAUGGAGGAGUAGUUUACCGGGUACGACUCUGACUGUCACAGCUCUUCAGGUGUUGGUGGUGUCAACGGUGACAGUCACCCCGUCUGUUACAGAGGCAGAGCUCAGGUGUUUCAGCAGCUGCACACCUCACUCUUACACCUGGUUUAAAAAUGGAGAACAACUUCUAGAAGAGUCUUCAUGUUUAAUUGGAACCUUUUAUUCUGGAGAUACCAUCUCUUGUGCUUUUAAAGGUCAAGAGGACUACCACUCUCCUUCAGUGUAUGCUCCAAAGGUUCCUUUGGUGUCAGUGAGUCCCUCACAUGAAAUCAUCGAAGGCAGUUCAGUGACUCUGACCUGCAGCAGUGAUGCUAACCCAGUAGCUUAUUAUACCUGGUACAGGAAAGGAAAUUCAAAGCCUCACCCUGUCAUCGAAGGACCAGAGCUCUUCUUCAGCUCCAUCCAGUCCUCUGAGUCUGCAGAGUAUUACUGUAGAGCUGAGAACAGGCUGGGGGCGACCACAUCUGGAUACGUUUUCAUUAACGUGGAAUAUGCUCCCAGACUUCCCUCUGUGUCCAUGAGUCCGUCUGCUCAGAUAAUGGAGGGCAGUUCAGUGACUCUGAGCUGCAGCAGUGACGCUAACCCACCUGUUACUAAAUACACCUGGUACAAGGAGGAUGAAUACUCACCAUCAGCAUCAGGACAGAACUUCACCAUCAGUGAUGUCAGAUCUGAACACAGUGGGAAUUAUUACUGUGAAGCCCAGAGCAGCAGAGGACGUCAGACCUCCACGUUCCAUCUGACUGUUGGACCAGCAGAACAGGCUGAUUACACCACAUCAGACAGUAACUGGGUUACAAGAGAAGAUUAUGAGAAGUCCACCGUAAAUCUGGCUAUGGAAGCAGGUACGCAGAGGUCAAGAUGGAUCACUUCUACCUUGAUUUUCCUCUGUUUGUUACUGAUUGGAUCCAGAUUAUUAAUUCUGAAGUAUGAACCUGAGAUCAGACAUCAGAGGUUGAUCAUCCUAGCACAAAACAUCAUCUCCUCCUUCCUGAGUUACCUGAUCAGCCUUUUACCUACAUGAAGAGGAACUUUCUCAUUAAUAGGAUGUGAAGAGCAAUUCUAUUACUACAGAAACACAAAUCAAACUUGAAAGUACUGUUUUUGUUUUGAUAUUACACAAAGUCAAGCUUAAGCAAACAUCUAUUAGAAGACUGAAGAGGAAGAAGAUGGUGGCCACAAAGUGCUGUAAUGCAUCAUGGGAGUCUGUCAGUGGUGGUAUUUUCAAACUGUGUCACUUUACUGUCCUCAUGCUCAGUAUGUAAGUAAAAGAUCAGGUACAUGUGCAAUAAAACUACCUAAAUGUUUGAGCUGAG